AUGUUUCUAUUCAAGGGUUUUGGCGUUGCAUUCAGGCCAAUUAAUAAUGGGAUAUUCCGAUCAUUCAGGUUCCAAUCUACACGUAUCCCACCGAAUAAGAAACCGCAGGGAAUUAAGGCCCUAAUGAAGGAGUAUGGGUAUCCGGCUCUUGCGGUAUACUUGGGACUUUCAUGUAUUGAUUUGCCCAUAUGUUAUGUUUUGGUUCACUCUAUGGGACAAGAAAAGAUUGAAGUGUAUGAAAAUAAAGUGAAACAGACGUUUGGAUACGGUGUUUCCGACGAAGAGUUAAAGAAGAAGCAAGAGAUUAACAAGAUUCAACAAGACAUUGAAUCGCAUGGUGAACCAGCUCCCGAAAACUCUGGGUCGAUGGCCAGCUAUAUAUUGAGCCAAUUUUCAUGGACGGAGUUUGCCAUUGCCUAUGGGAUUCAUAAAUCGUUGAUUUUCAUUCGGUUGCCCAUCACUGCUGCCAUAACUCCAGGGGUAGUAAGAGUUUUGAGAGGGUGGGGGUUCAGGAUUGGUACUGAUAAGUUUUCGACCACUGCCAGUAUUGCUAAGGAUUUGGCCAAAUCCGGGAUCAAAGAUAUCACUGCAUCCUCGACAAAGUUUGGAGUCAAGGCAGGUAACAAAAAAUGGUGGUGGUUCUUUUAG